AUGGUCUCCGAAUACUGCCCCGUUUACUCGCCCUUCUUCGGUGCUAUGGGCUGCACCUGCGCCAUCGUCUUCACCUGCCUGGGUGCCUCCUACGGUACCGCCAAGUCUGGUGUUGGUAUCGCUGCCAUGGGUGUCCUCCGACCCGAUCUUAUCGUCAAGAACAUUGUCCCCGUCAUUAUGGCUGGUAUCAUCGGUAUCUACGGUCUCGUCGUCUCGGUUCUUAUCUCGGAUGGUCUGAAGCAGCACCUGCCCCUUUACACUAGCUUCAUUCAGUUCGGUGCUGGUCUGUCCGUCGGUCUUGCUGGUCUUGCCGCUGGUUUCGCUAUCGGUAUUGUUGGUGAUGCUGGUGUCCGAGGCACUGCUCAGCAACCCCGUCUGUUCGUCGGCAUGAUUCUGAUUCUGAUUUUCGCCGAAGUCCUGGGUCUUUACGGUCUGAUUGUCGCCCUGCUCAUGAACUCCAAGGCCAACGUCGAGGCUACCUGCUAA